CGAGGCGUGGAGGGCUCUGCAAAAGCUCAAGGCGUUAAUCUGCUAUUGAGUCUCAUUAAUAAACCGUUUUUCUUUCAAAAACAAUGAGGCGACUGUGGAUUAUCGGUCUCCUCUGUGCACUUUUGGCGUUCGCAUCUGUAAAAGCUGAUGAUGAUGAUGUUGACAUUGAUGGCACAGUAGAAGAGGACCUUGGGAAGAGCAGAGACGGAUCCCGCACCGAUGACGAGGUUGUUCAGAGGGAGGAGGAGGCCAUUCAGCUAGAUGGUUUAAACACCUCACAAUUAAAGGAAAUUCGUGAUAAAGCAGAAAAGCAUGCGUUCCAGGCAGAAGUGAAUCGAAUGAUGAAACUGAUCAUCAAUUCUCUUUAUAAGAACAAAGAGAUCUUCCUGAGAGAGCUGAUCUCUAAUGCUUCCGAUGCCUUGGAUAAGAUCCGGCUGCUGUCUCUGACCAAUGAAGAUGCCCUUGCCGGAAAUGAAGAGCUCACUAUUAAAAUUAAGUCUGACAAAGAGAAGAAUAUGCUUCACAUCACUGACACUGGUAUUGGCAUGACCAAAGAAGAGCUGGUGAAGAACCUUGGUACCAUCGCCAAAUCUGGAACCAGCGAGUUCCUGAACAAAAUGACAGAGGUGCAGGACGACAGUCAGUCCACCUCUGAGCUGAUCGGUCAGUUCGGUGUGGGCUUCUACUCCGCUUUCCUUGUGGCCGAUAAGGUCAUUGUCACUUCCAAGCACAACAACGACACCCAGCACAUGUGGGAAUCCGAUUCCAAUCAGUUCUCUGUCAUCGAGGACCCACGUGGAGACACUCUAGGCAGAGGCACCACCAUCACGUUGGUGAUGAAAGAGGAAGCUUCUGACUACCUUGAGCUGGAGACCAUUAAGAACCUGGUGAAGAAAUACUCCCAAUUCAUCAACUUCCCCAUCUACGUAUGGAGCAGCAAGACCGAGACCGUGGAAGAGCCUAUUGAGGAUGAGGCUGAGGCAGAGAAGGAAGAAGCCACUGAAGAUGAAGCUGAAGUUGAGGAAGAGGAGGAAGACAAGGACAAACCAAAGACUAAGAAGGUGGAGAAGACUGUGUGGGAUUGGGAGCUGAUGAAUGACAUUAAACCCAUCUGGCAGAGACCUGCAAAGGAAGUGGAGGAAGAUGAAUAUACAGCCUUCUAUAAAACCUUCUCCAGGGACACUGAUGAGCCACUGUCACACAUUCACUUCACCGCUGAAGGCGAAGUCACUUUCAAGUCCAUCCUCUUUGUUCCUGCAUCUGCACCCAGAGGUCUUUUCGACGAGUAUGGCACCAAGAAGAAUGACUUCAUUAAGCUGUUCGUGCGUAGAGUCUUCAUCACUGAUGACUUCCAUGACAUGAUGCCCAAGUACCUCAACUUCAUCAAGGGUGUUGUGGACUCUGACGAUCUGCCUCUGAACGUGUCCAGAGAGACUCUGCAGCAACACAAACUGCUCAAGGUUAUCCGUAAAAAGCUGGUGCGCAAGACCCUGGAUAUGAUCAAGAAGAUCGCUGAGGAGCAGUACAACGAUAAGUUCUGGAAAGAGUUUGGCACCAACAUUAAGCUGGGUGUGAUUGAGGAUCACUCCAACAGAACCCGCCUGGCCAAACUGCUCCGCUUCCAGACCUCCCACAGCGACACCGUGCUGUCCAGUCUGGAGCAGUAUGUGGAGAGGAUGAAGGAGAAGCAGGACAAGAUCUACUUCAUGGCUGGAACAAGCAGGAAGGAGGCUGAAUCAUCUCCAUUUGUGGAGAAGCUUCUUAAGAAAGGAUAUGAAGUGGUCUAUCUGACUGAACCAGUGGAUGAGUACUGCAUUCAGGCCCUUCCUGAGUUUGAUGGCAAACGCUUCCAGAACGUGGCGAAGGAGGGUGUGAAGUUCGACGAGAGCGAUAAGGCCAAGGAAAAGAGGGAAGCUUUGGAGAAAGAGUUUGAGCCCCUUACUACCUGGAUGAAAGAUAAGGCCCUGAAGGAACAAAUCGAGAAGGCUGUUUUGUCCCAAAGGUUGACAAACUCUCCAUGUGCUCUGGUUGCCAGUCAGUAUGGAUGGUCUGGAAACAUGGAACGUAUCAUGAAAGCUCAGGCUUACCAGACAGGAAAAGACAUUUCCACAAAUUAUUACGCAAGCCAAAAGAAGACAUUAGAAAUCAACCCCAAACAUCCACUCAUCAAAGAGAUGCUAAGGAGAGUCAACGAAGAUGCUGAGGAUAAGACUGCCGCAGAUUUAGCCGUAGUGCUGUUUGAGACCGCCACACUGCGAUCAGGAUACCAGCUCCAAGACACCAAAGCCUACGGAGAAAGAAUAGAGCGCAUGCUGCGGCUCAGCAUGAAUGUAGACCUUGACGCUCAGGUAGAGGAAGAGCCAGAGGAGGAACCAGAAGAACAGACAGAGGAAGCUGAGGAUGAGGAGGAGGUCCAGGCAGAUGAAGCAGAAGAGGAAUCAGAGGCCACAUCCAAAGAUGAGCUGUAAUGUGUAAAUUUGGAAGGGAUGGGAAGGGGUGUCUGACUGUGAUGCAGAGUGAAGAUGGCGACGUCAACGCGGUUGUCUUUUCUCUGUGCGGGUGGGCUUGGGGGAUAGGAGCUGUUUUUUUAAAGCGCUGCUUUUGUGUUUGCAAUUUCUUUUUUUACAUUCCUCCAUGAUUGUAAAUUUGUUAAUAUUUAACUGACCCAGUUGUGGAGUGCUGACUCCUGUCCACAGAACGAUUAAAUGUUUCCGGAAAAGGA